GAGAAAUGCAAAAACAAGUGUUUACAAUAAUUAGCGGAACAUGAAAGCGCUACUCUAAAACACGCAAGUUUUAGGCACACUUUUGUUUUUGAAGAAUGAAAUAAACUGUUGUCUCAAUCAGACGAACGGAACGUAGUACUAUAGCCGCCGUUAUAAGUCUGUUUGUCAGAGGCGGUUCAUCCGUAUUGUAGUUCCGGGUUUUACUGGGUAGCUCCGGUGCCGAGAGCAUCACAACACCACACUGACAAACAUUACCUAGCAAUCAAAUAACUGACUUCGUUUGAAGAAAUAUAUGAUUUAUGUAUUUUAGUUAAAACUGGGGGAAUGGAAGGGAGGAUCGCGGUGGCAGCGCCAGUACUACUGUCAGAGAGAGAGAUUCAACAUCGGUCUAUGGCAGAGGAGGAUCCUAACGGGAAUGAGCACGGUUCGGCUGCCCGCAGCACGUCGCCUCGUUGGGGACCGCAGCAUGCAGGGGCCCGACAACUUGCAACACUAUACUCACCUGGUAAGCGACUGCAGGAGUGGAUCAGUGUAGUUCUGUGCCUCUCUCUCUUCAUCCUCAACCUCUCCUUCCUUGUCCUCAACUUCUCCACUGUGCACAUCUACAAAAUCAUCUUGGGCAUCCUAAUGGGGAUAGUGAUGGCGGACUUUGCGUCUGGUAUGGUGCACUGGGGAGCAGACACCUGGGGCUCUGUGGACAUCCCUGUCCUUGGGAAGGCAUUCAUCCGCCCAUUCCGGGAACACCACAUUGACCCCACAGCCAUCACUCGACAUGACUUCAUAGAGACCAAUGGGGACAACUGCAUGCUUACAAUACUGCCCCUGGCACAUAUGGCCUACAAGUUCCUGACGUACCAGCCAGAUACCCUAGCAGAGACCUACCCCUGGCAGUGCUUUGUGUUUGCACUGGCAGUCUUCGUGACGUUGACCAAUCAGAUCCAUAAGUGGUCUCACUCCUACUUUGGUCUUCCCCGCUGGGUGACGCUGCUACAGGACUGUCACCUGGUGUUACCACGGAAACACCACCGCAUCCACCACGUGUCCCCUCACGAGACCUACUACUGCAUCACCACAGGGUGGUUGAACUACCCUCUGGACAAGGUGGGCUUCUGGCGGAGGAUGGAGAGGUUGAUAGAGAGAGUGACAGGUCACACGCCUCGGAGUGAUGACAUGGAAUGGACGAAGAAAAUGGAGUGAAGGGCUCUGGGACUCUCUGGACCAGUAGGACAGGGGGUGGGGGUUUUGGGCUGGUGGACUAAGACUGGGAAGGGUUUUUCCUGCUUUUCACCCACUUCCUGUGUCUCUCUUCCUUACCCCUUACACUAUAACACGCCUACAGUAUAUACUUCCUUGUCAUGGCACAGCACCUCAGCAAUGACACUAGUAAUGCGGCCUUCUAGAUACUUCCAAGUUCCAUCCGUUAUUUACUUUUUUUGCUAUUUGCUUUUUCAGUGUUGCAAGAGAAGCAGUCCACAGUCAGACUCUGUUUGCAAUAGUAGGUCCAGUGGCAGAUCUGGGGUUGACUUUGGAGAUUUUUUGUCCUUUUUGUGACCCCAUUUCUGUUAACUGCUCAUCCUUCCAUCCAAUGGGCUUGUAUCUCCUUACAUAUCUUAACCAAUUAGCUGUUAUUUUAUUGUGUCAGUGUAAGAGGUUUCUGGAGGAUGGGCUCUCCAGGGGACAAACCACGUUGCCUUCUCAGGCAUUGUCUUACAUGACACAGAGAAAGAGGCUGUCAUCUGGAUCCAAGUUCAGCUUAAUGUAAGAAGGCAAUCAUAUUGCUCCUUACCUAAGUUGGGGGGGGGAAACAACCAAAUGUCUUACCUACAGUAUGUAUUGGCCUUUUAAAUGUAUCGAUUUUAUUUGUUUGAUUCAAUGGAAUUUGUUUUGAAAUGAUGUUUAGAUCAGUCAUGGUGGAAUGAAACCUUGACUCAAACAAAUGUCCCUCACCUCUAGUAACUACGUGACGAUGUUCACAGAUUCUUCCCUACUCAUUUGGUCAGGUAAGAGUAGAGAACCGCGGAGGAUCAACCAGCAGGCUAUUUAUUUUGAAGACUGUAAUGAAAUUAUUUCUACCUUCAAAAGGUAAAUAUCUGCACUUUACUGACUUACCCAUAACUAUGUUUAUAAAAGACAGUCUUGUCAGCACGCACGCAUGCACACACAGACACAUACGCACACGCAGGUUGACUUUUGUCAUGACUCUUGUCCUGGAGGCAGAACUGAGCGAUUUCCCCUUAGAUAGGCCAGCUGCAAAGUCAAAACCUGCCACACACACACACACAGUUCCUGUCCAUCAUUGCAUUGAAUCGCUUGGACAGCUCGAAAGCAGCCAUAAUACACCCAGCUGAAAUAAGUAUGGUGUUUUCAUCUUUGGGUUCAUACCAGCAGCUUUUGGUUUUCUGUCUGGCUUUAUAAUGUGACAUUUUAUAUUAACAGAUCAGCCUUGAAUUGAAUUAUUACUUCCCAUCAUGCAACUAUUGCUCACAGCUAGUCUGCCUUAAUGUUUUUUAUCUGCUGUAUGAUUUAAUAAAGCUCUAUUAAUUGAA